AUGGAAGAACCACAGCGAGUAUGUGAUCUGUUACCCGAAGAUGUUGCUUCAGAUGACUGCCUGACUUCCUACACUCACAUCUACAGCCCAGACUUACUCAAAGAUCAGGUUGCAUUUAUCACAGGUGGUGGAUCAGGAAUUGGACUACGAAUAGCAGAAAUAUUCAUGAGGCAUGGCUGUGACACGGUGAUUGCCAGCAGGAACAAAGACAAGCUCACAGAGGCGGCGAAAAAGCUGUCUGCUGUUUCAGGACGUCGCUGCCUCCCGUUGUGCUUGGACGUGAGGAAACCUGAGAGUAUUUCUGCGGCUGUAGAUGAGACCCUUAAAGAACUCGGCCGCAUAGACAUUCUUGUUAACAAUGCUGCUGGAAAUUUCCUCUGUCCUGCCACGGCUCUUUCUUUCAACGCCUUCAAGACAGUAAUGGAGAUCGACACCAUGGGAACAUUCAACACUAGCAAAGUUGUAUAUGACAAGUGGUUCAAGGAUCGUGGAGGCAACAUCGUCAACAUCUCAGCAACACUUGGUUACAAGGGACAGGCCCUCCAGGUGCAUGCUGGAUCUGCUAAGGCUGCAAAUGAUGCCAUGACCAAGCACCUGGCUGUGGAGUGGGGACCCAGUGGGGUCAGAGUAAACGCCGUGGCUCCUGGGCCUAUUUCUGGUACCGAGGGAUUCCGCAGACUGGGUGGACCUAAAGGGGAGGCUGCGGGUCUGUUCCAGUCUAUCCCAUUGCAGAGAGCAGGCAACAAGACCGAAAUGGCCCACUGCACUCUUUUCUUAGCCAGCCGGGCCUCAUCGUAUGUAACCGGAGCCAUCCUGGUGGCUGAUGGUGGAUCUUGGCUGACCUCCGCUAAUGAUGUCUCCAGGCUGAUGGGUAUAGCCUCCUCUAAAUCCGCUAAACUCUGA